CUAGGAAUCACUAGCAAGAUAUCAGCACACUCAUAUAAAUCUCCAGGGAGACAAUGGCUACUAUUGUGGAUGUUCGCACAGUGGAGGAUGCUAAAGCAUUGCUGUCAAGGCUUGAGCUGCAAGAAGUUAGUAUCCAUUUUGGAGCAUCUUUGUCGUGUUUCAACACACAUGCGUAUGCUCGGGUAGACAGUGAGCUUGACCAACUUCUGGAGCAACAGACGCACAUGGACGUCCGAAUGGCCUCCUUCAGACAAAUGAUGCCGACUCUGCACCACCUCCACCAGGACUCGGGGGAGCUGUGUGAGGCCAUCACUCGAGCAGCUGCACUGGCAGAGUCCGUCAGUAGCAAGGUCCGAGUAUUGGAUCAGGCCAAGAGUCGAGUCUAUGCCGCUAUGAAGCGAGUGGAUGAUGUCAUUGAUCUCAAGAGCUGUGCUGAUGGUUUCCAGUAUGCAAUGAAUUCAGGGGAUUACGAAAAGGCAGCUGCUCACAUUCAUCGCUACCUCACACUGGACGAGAGCAUGUUACUGGAUGGUGGAAUUGCCGACUCGGCAAAAGAGGGCAGCGCUACCACAGUGGGUGGAUCGUUUGAUGUCUUGCGUGAGAACGAGGGUCGUCUGAAGGAUAUGGUGAGACGGAGGUUCAGAGAAGCAGCUGCCUCCGACACUCAGGCCGAGGUUGAGAGGUUUGGUCGAUUGUUUCCACUGCUCAACUUGCACGAAGAGGGGUUGGACCUGUAUGCCAACUAUCUACGCUCCAAGAUGAGAAGUCUUGCUGACGAAGGGCUGGACAAAACCGCUCAAGCAUCAGGUCAGAGAGUGGGUGUGGUUUAUGCAGACACUCUCACCUUCCUGUACGAGGGUACGGCUCGUCUGAUAGAGCAGCACACUCCGCUCGUGGAGACCUGUUAUGGUCCCGACUGGAUGCCCUCUCUAGUGCAGAAACUACAGGUUGAGUGUGAUGGAUUGGUGGCUAAGAUAAAGCAGCAGCUUGAAGAUGAAAGGAUGCUUGAACACAAGGUGCAAACAGUCAGGGUUGCCUUAAAAGCCAAGACUCCAGCUGGGGCCAUCAGACCGGAUAUUUUGGAAUUGGAUACUCUAUUGACAGAACUCAGUCUGUGCAGCUCACGUACCGAGCUCUAUUUUAGGUUCAUUCAGAAGAAAGCAACGGUGGAGGACUCAAGUGCUGGCAAGAGAGGAGCGAUUGAACUUGUUAGAGGAUCCAAGACCAACUUACUGAUCCAGGAGCUGAUUGGCAAGUACAUUCUCCUGGAGAACUACUUCAUGCUCGAGAGUCUGCGUAAGGCAGUGGAGAUAGAUAGCUGCUCUGAGGACGGGCUCACCUCCAGCAUGGCCGAUGAUAUCUUCUUUGUCCUGCAGAAGUGCACUAGGCGUGCUUUUGCCAGCUGCAAUGUGGAUGGGGCAUGUGCAAUGCUCAACCAUGCGAGUUCUCUACUCAUGGAGGAAUAUCUAGAGCUGUUGAGAGGAAGACUGAAGGCCAGUCUGCCCAGUACAGGAUUGGAUUUUUCAGGGAUUAUACAAAGCCAGCUCCAGUCCUCCAGGUCUGGGGCCAGUGACAAUGAAGCAAGCAAACCAUCAACUUCAAUAGCCCUCAAUGAUAUGGAGGUGAGCAUCGAGAACUUGACCAAACUGACCAAUGAGCUGCAGGACGAGUGCUCCAAACUAGUGGACCUUCUGGGGGAGAGUGCCAAACUGAAGCUGGAUAGUUGUUUAACAGACUUCAGUGGAGUGGGCUCCACAUUCAAAGAUCUGCGACAGACUGCAGUGAGGAAGGUAGUUGAAGUGCUUGUGUUACCACGGCUACUGUCCUCCCUCGAGUUAUACUCCUCACUCAAUCAUACCCUCACAGAGACUGAGUUCUCCAAUUAUGAAGUAAAUGAUCCUUUCGUUCAGCCCCUCAUUGCUACCAUGGAAACUGCACUGGCAGAUAUCAAGGUUAAAUUCAUCCCUGGUGUGUACAAGCUGUUGCUAGGCAAAGUGAUCGACUGCGUGAUGGAGAAACUCACUGCUCAAGUUUGGAAAUGCUCUUUCAAUCAGUUAGGAGGGGUCCAGUUGGAUAAAGAUCUCCGUUGUUUGAUGGGCUACUUGUCGACUGUGUGUGAGUGGCCAGUGAGGGACAAGUUUGCGUUACUUCUACAGCUGGCUACCAUACUCAGCCUGGAUAAUGUUGGAGAAAUGAUAGAGUAUUGGGGGGACAGGGCUGGUCCCCUGGUGUGGAGACUCACUCCAACAGAGGUCAAGAAAGCCCUCAGGCUAAGAGCUGAUUUCGAUCACGAUGAAAUCGCCUUACUCAAACUCAUGGACAUUACUGUGUCAUAGCUAACAACCCUUUUUGUGCUGUAUAGUAUAGUUAUUAUGCUCAAUUUUGUCAUCAA